AUGGAUCUCUACAUUGGCUUAAACCUAACUCAAACCUGCCAGUCUCUUAGUGAAUAUACUGUUAAGGUUGGUUUUUCAGAAAGCACUGAUUUAAAUUCUCCCAAUAGUAUUGAUUCAGAUUUUUCUCAGAUUAGUAGAAAGCUUAAAUUAUGCUUACUACUCUCAAAUAUUCAAUAUGAAGUAUAUUCAGAUAAUGAACAAAUUUUACAAGAUAUGGAUUUUACUUCACUUGAAUCAUCAGAUUCUGAUAAUGAAGAUGAAACUAAUAGUUGUGAUAUUAAUAGUCAAAAAAAAAUUUUAUUUCAUAUAAAAGUAAAUGACCUAUUUAAUAUCUUUGAUGAGAUUAGAAAAAAACUUGACAAAUAUACCAUAGAAUGUGGUUUUGCAGUUAGAAAAGAGCAUAUCUGUAUAUGUAAAGAUA